AUGAAAGUCAAUUUAGUUUUGCUUUAUUAUUUUUUAGCCAUAAUAGUAAUAAGUGUUUACUUUUACGGAAUUAAUAGAAUUUAUAAACAUAAAUUAAGACUUAAAUUUAUGAAGUAUAAGGAAAUACAUUGGAUAAGAAAUUUAGCAGAAUCUAGUGCUGAAGAAAGGGAAUCUAUAGAUAAUUCAAAUAGUGAAUUAAUACUUGAAAAGGAACUGAUUGGAAAGAAUUUUAAUAAUUCAGCAAUUUCAUUUUCAAAUUUAACAAGUGUAUUACUUAAAGAUUAUGAUAAAAUCUUGGAAAGAAAGAAAAAUGAUCUAAGUUUUAUGUAUAAUACCUUAAUAGAUAUCAAGAAUGAAUUGCUUAGCUUUUUAAAAGAUUUACUAAAUGAUUCAAAAAGUCAUAUAGAUAAGAUAUUUGAGAAUGAAGAAUCUUUUAAUAAAUUAGAGUCAGAAAUCUGUAGAUUAAGUGGUACAGAUCUGGCUCUGCAUACUGAUGAGAAUGAUUUACGUUUAUUAAUUGAUAGGGAAGAUAGAGAUGAAUACUUAAAACGGUUAAACUUGAAUAAAGAGAUUACUUUAAAAAUAGAAAAUUCUU